UGCAAUAGUAGAUGGCAGCAGCGUUUUGAAAUGGCAUGUGAUUUCAAUCGGAGAGGACGAAGAAGAAUGCGACCAUGUUGAAUUAGCAAGAACAAACACAAUAGAGACGGUUUAUUUGGAGUGAAUGUAAUCUAACGGUAAAGUGUUGAUCUGCCGCAAAAAAAAACGUGAUAUAUGACAUCAGAGGGAUAGAAAGGUGACACGGGCUUGAGCUGAAUACCGCCUGACUCGCACACAAAGCUACACACUUUGACAGAAGACCUGUGGUGUCAACAAGAGAGGAGGGAGACCCAGCUGAAACAAACAGGACAGACAGAGGGGAUCGUAAAGCUGUUUUGCGAUUUGGACUACAAUUACCCUUUAUUUGAUUUUCAACAUCAGGAAACUACUUUCACAUGUGGAUGGACAUGUAUAUACACACAGAGUGGAAAACAAAUAUUGAACAAUAAGGACCAUAUUAUUUUGGAUAAAUAUUUGUACAAAGGUUUGAAAAACCAUUUACAAGGACAUCGAUGUUGCGCAAUUCAAAGGGACUCGACGCAAAGCAAGGAAAUGUUUAAUCAAAGAAAGAGAUUUAACUUUUGAACAAAGAUUAUAUUACUGAUACUAUUCCCUCGGUUCAAAUUGUCUUAGCAGUUAUAUUGCAGGACUUAAACUCCUUGAUACUUGUUUACAUACCAUUUUUUAAAUAUUGUGUGCAGGUAUAAAAUAUUUAUGCAUUUGAAUGCAUAUAGCUCUUCAUUUGGAAGAGCUCUUGUGUUAAGACUUUUCAUACGUCAGUAAACUCUGAAGGGGACUAAACUGCACGUGUGUGUAUAUGAAAGAACUACAAAUAUACUUAUGUUGUAAAAGCUUUGGACUAAAAAUAAUGGGGAAUAUUGUUUAAUGCUUUUUUUAGACAUCUACUUUCGAAGAGGCUUUUUAAGAAAAGGAAGAAAAAGCUAAGGGAGGGUAAGACGUAAAUCUUUGAGAGUAAAAACAAAGGAAAGACAUGGCAUCCGCAAGAACGGAGAACCUUGGCCCUAUCGGCAUGGGACUGAACAAGCAGAACGGGCAGCUUAGGGGGGUGCCUAAACCGGCCUCUCCUCAAUCAGGACCCCUCGUCCUGGGCUCUCUGUUAAGCAAGGCUGUAGGUGCACCCCAGAAAGCAGGUGCUUCCCUGGAGGGAACUGGCAUUAGAUUUGGAGAUGACUGGAAAAAGAGCCUACAGCUCCCUCCCAAAGACACUAGAGUCAGAACCUCUGAUGUAACAUCCACUAAGGGAAAUGAGUUUGAGGACUACUGUCUGAAACGGGAGCUCCUGAUGGGCAUUUUUGAGAUGGGCUGGGAGAAGCCCUCCCCUAUCCAGGAGGAGAGCAUUCCCAUAGCCUUGUCAGGACGAGACAUCCUGGCCCGAGCCAAGAAUGGAACAGGGAAGAGUGGGGCCUACCUCAUACCCAUGCUGGAGAGAAUAGACCUGAAGAAGGAUUAUAUACAGGCUAUUGUGAUGGUGCCCACUCGUGAGCUGGCCCUGCAGGUGAGCCAGAUCAGUAUCCAGAUCAGCAAGCACCUGGGCGGAGUGAAAGUCAUGGCCACCACGGGUGGUACCAACCUGCGAGAUGACAUCAUGCGCCUGGACGAGACUGUGCAUGUGGUCAUAGCCACACCUGGCAGGAUCUUGGACUUGAUAAAGAAGGGCGUGGCCAAAGUGGAUAGAGUUCAGAUGAUGGUGAUGGAUGAGGCGGACAAGCUGCUGUCUCAGGACUUUGUGGUGCUCAUCGAGGAUAUCAUCAGCUUCCUGGGCAAGGGCCGUCAGAUCCUGCUGUACUCUGCCACCUUCCCCAUCAGCGUGCAGAAGUUCAUGGCCAAGCACCUGCAUAAGCCCUAUGAGAUCAACCUGAUGGAGGAGCUGACUCUGAAGGGCAUCACCCAGUACUACGCCUACGUCACUGAGAGACAAAAGGUCCACUGUCUCAACACACUCUUCUCCAGGUUGCAGAUCAAUCAGUCCAUCAUCUUCUGUAACUCCACCCAGAGAGUUGAGCUGCUGGCUAAGAAGAUCACCCAGCUGGGCUACUCCUGCUUCUACAUCCACGCCAAGAUGAUGCAGGAGUACAGAAAUCGUGUGUUCCACGACUUCAGAAAUGGACUCUGCAGAAAUCUUGUCUGCACUGAUCUCUUCACCAGAGGUAUUGACAUCCAGGCCGUCAAUGUCGUCAUCAACUUCGACUUCCCCAAGAAUGCUGAGACAUACCUGCAUCGCAUUGGACGAUCAGGGAGGUUUGGCCACCUGGGACUGGCCAUCAACCUGAUCACCUCUGAAGACCGCUUCAAUCUGAAGUCCAUCGAGGACCAGUUGGUCACCGACAUCAAGCCUAUCCCUGGCAGCAUCGACAAGAGCCUGUACGUGGCAGAAUUCCACGCCACCAACCCCAAUUGCGAGGAGGGGCUGAAGGAGACUGGCCGUCAACAGGUGGAGCCCUAGAACUCCUCAACUGCGGCAGGAACUGGGGGACUAGUCAGGAUCGAGGGAAAGACCAUGCAGGAGUGGCUUCGGAACAAGUCUCAAUGUACUUGAGUGGCCCAGCCAGAGCCCGGACUUGAACCCGAUCGAAGAUCUCUGGAGAGACCUGAAAGUAGCUGUGCAGUGACGCUCCCCAUCCAACCUGACCGUGCUUGAGAGGAUCGGCAGAGAAGAAUGGGAGAAACUCCCCAAAUACAGGUGUGCCAAGCUUGAAGCGUCAUACCCAAUAAGAAUUGGCUGUAAUUGCUGCCAAAGGUGUUAAACAAAGUACUGUGUAAAUGCUCUGAAUACUUAUUUUAAUGUGAUCUUUCAGUUUAUUUUUAAUACAUUUGCAAAAAUGUCAACCUGUUUUUGUUUUGUCGUUUUUACGGGUAGUGUGUGUGUGUGUGUGUACAGUUGAAGUCGGAAGUUUACAUACACUUAGGUUGGAUUCAUUAAAACUAGUUUUUCAACCGCUCCACAUAUUUCUUGUUAACAAACUAUAGUUUUGGCAAGUCGGUUAGGACAUAUAAUUUGUGCAUGACACAAUUUUUCCAACAACUGUUUACAGACAGAUUAUUUCACUUAGAAUUCACUGUCUCACAAUUCCAGUGGGUCAGAAGUUUACAUACAUUAAGUUGACAGUGCCUUUAGACAGCUUGGAAAAUUCCAGAAAAUUAUGGCAUGGCUUUAGAAGCUUCUGAUAGGCUAAUUGACGCCAUUUGAGUCAAUUGGAGGUGUACCUGUGGAUGUAUUUCAAAUCCUAUCUUAAAACUCAGUGCCUCUUUUUUUGACAUCAUGGGAAAAUCAAAAGAAAUCAGCCAAGACCUCAGAAAAAAAUUGUGGACCUCCACAAGUGUGGUUCAUCCUUGGCAGCAAUUUCCAAACGCUUGAAGGUACCACGUUCAUCUGUACAAACAGUAGUACGCAAGUAUAAACACCAUGGGACAAAGCCAUCAUACCGCUCAGGAAGGAGACACAUUCUGUCUCCUAGAGAUGAAUGUACUUUGGUGCGAAAAGUGCAAAUCAAUCCCAGAACAGCAGCAAAGGACCUUGUGAAGAUACAGGUGGAAACGGGUACAAAAGUAUCUAUAUCCACAGUAAAACAAGUCCUAUAUCGAACUAACCUGAAAGGCCGCUCAGCAAGGAAGAAGCCACUGCUCCAGAACCGCCAUAAAAAAGCCAGACUACGGUUUGCAACUGCACAUGGGGACAAAGAUCAUACUUUUUGCAGAAAUGUCUUCUGGUCUGAUGAAACAAAAAUAGAUCUGUUUCUAGGGAAGGCUUGCAAGCCAAAGAAAACCAUCCAGCACAGGGGUGGCAGCAUCAUGUUGUGGGGGUGCUUUGCUGCAGGAGGGACUGGUGCAAUUCACAAAAUAGAUGGCAACAUGAUUAGGGAAAAUUAUGUGGAUAUAUUGAAGCAAAAUCUCAAGACAUCAGUCAGGAAGUUUGGUCGCAAAUGGGUCUUCCAAAUAGACAAUGUCCCCAAGCAUACUUCCAAAGGUGUCAAAAUGGCUUAAGGAGAACAAAGUCAAGGUAUUGGAGUGGCCAUCACAAAGCCCUGACCUCAAUCCUGUAGAAAAUGUGUGGGCAGAACUGAAAAGGUGUGUGUGUGUGUGUGUGUGUGUGUGUGUGUGUGUGUGUGUGUGUGAGAGAGCAAGGAGGCCUACAAACCUGACUUCGUUACACCAGCUCUGUCAGGAGGAAUUGGCCAAAAUUCACCCAACUUAUUGUGGGAAGCUUGUGGAGGGCUACCUGAAACAUUUGACCCUAGUUAAACAAUUUAAAGGCAAUGCUACCAAAUACUAAUUGAGUGUAUGUUAACUUUUGACCCACUGAGAAUAAAUAAAAGCUGAAAAAAAUAAUUCUCUACUAUUAUUCUGACAUUUCACAUUCUUAAAGUGGUGAUCCUAACUGACCUAAGACAGGGAAUUUUUACUAGGAUUAAAAUGCCAGGAAUUGUGAAAAACAGAGUUUAAAUAUAUUUGGCUAAGGUGUAUGUAAACUUCCGACUUCAACUGUAUGUAUGCAUGCAUGCAUGUAUGGGGGGAUUUAAUCAAUUUUAGAAUUGGGCUGCAACAUAAGAUGUGGAUAAAGUCAAAGGGUAUGAAUACUUUCUGAAUUCACUGUAGAUUCUUGUAAUGGCUCACUAACACCAGCCAUCCAUUCCCGCUUACAUUCACAUGCCUUUUGCCACUCAAGUGCCUUGAUUACGCUCCCAUAUGCACUCAUUUCAUCGGUCUUUCUCUCUCACACCACAAACAGAAUACAAGCACAAUUUAAGCUGAAUCGAAACAAUGGUUUAUUCAGAGAUCAUUAUGCAAGUAGAAAGUUCGGUGUGCACUCCUAGGGAAUCUUGUUCCUGUUUGAGAUGUUGUUCAAUAACCAAGGCUCAAACUCUGACUGACAUCAUCUAGAAUGUGAGUACUUUUAAUAUAAACAUCGCAAUAAAAAAGGGCAGCUUUUACUUAGAUGCAAUGUGAUUGUUUUCCUGUCACAGUAAUCAAUUGUGUGGAGAAAAUAAGAAAUAAAUCCGAUGUAAAACCGCAUAGGUAACUAGACUAGGCCCAUUGUAAAAACUGGAUGGUAGCCUACAAUUAGGUUGCUAUAGCACAGGACAAGAAUUUCCCUAUAUAUAUAUAAACAAUCUCAGACCAGUACAGGAGCAGUCCAUGGAAAAAGAAAGUUACAGUAGUGUCCAAUUACUGAGCUUGUGCUGCAUUUUACUAGUAAAAAAAAUUCUGGGCUUUCAUACUUUGGGGGUGCAUGAUCUGGCCCCAUUAUGUUGUUAUUAUGACGCUAGGUACAAAUGGCAGCCUAUUCCCUAUAAAGUGCACUUCUUUUGACCAGAGCCCAUAAACUAGUGAACUAUAUGGAAUAGGCACAUGUCUGCAGCUAUGGAAAGAACUGGUGGAAUUUACCAUCUGAUCAGUCGUAUGCAUCCAAUUUCUGAAAGAUGCACAGGGUAUUGUUGGCGAUUACGAUUAGUUUUUAUUUUUUUACCUUUUAUUUAAGCAAGGAGUCAUGCUGAAACCAUGGUCUCUUUCCUAGAUGAGCCCUGCAUGCACACAUCAGUAAACACUACAUAUCUAAUAGAUAUCUGCAUUAGUUCAUAUAAGGAAAUCAGUCAAUUGAAAUACAUUAGGCCCUAAUCUAUGGCUACAGAAACGUAUCCGUUGGUCACAGAUACCUUAAAAAAUGUUGAGGCAUGGAUCAGAAAAUCAGUCUGUCGUGCUGCAUGAGGCAAAUGGUGGUCCCAUCUCCUUUUCAUAGUUGAUCAGGCUGUUGAUUGUGGCCUGUGGAAUGUUAUCCCACUCCUCUUCAAUGGCUGUGUGAAGUUGCUGGAUAUUGGCAGGAACUGGAACACGCUGUCAUACACAUUGAUCCAGAGCAUCCCAAACAUGUUAAAUGGGUGUCUGGUGAGUAUGCAGUCCAUGGAAGAACUGGGACAUUUUCAGCUUCAAAGAAUUUCUGUACAGAUUUUUGUGACAUGGAGCUGUGCAUUAUAAUGCUGAAACAUGAGUUGGCGGCGGUGGAUGAGUGGCACGACAAUGGGCCUCAGGAUCUAGUAACGUUAUCUCUGUAUUCAUAUUGCUAUUGAUAAAAUGCAAUUGUGUUCGUUGUCUGUAGCUUAUGCAUGCUCAUACCAUAACCCCACCACCAUGGGGCACUCUGUUCACAACGUUGUCAUCAGCAAACUGCUCACUCACACGACGCCAUACACGUGGUCUGGGGUUGUGAGGGCGGUUGGACGUACUGGCAAAUUCUCUAAAACUACAUUUGAGGCAAAUUAUGGUAGUGAAAUUAACAUUGAAUUCUCUGUUGGACAUUCCUGCAGUCAGCAUGCCAAUUGCUCGCUCCCUCAACUUGACAGCUGUGGCGUUGUGACACAUCUGCACAUUUUAGUGGCCUUUUGUCCCCACCACAAGGUGUGUAAUGAUCAUGCUAUUUAAUCAGCUUCUUGAUAUGUCACACCUGUCAGGUGGUUCGAUUAUUUUGUCAAAGGAGAAAUGCUCACUAACGGAUGUAAACAGAUUUGUGUAUAAAAAAAAUAAGAGAAAUAAGCUUUUUGUGCGUAUGGAACAUUUCUGGGAUCUUUAUUUCAGCUCAUGAAACAUGGGACCAACACUUAACAUGUUGCAUUUCAUAUAUUCAGUAAUACAUAUCAAUGACACUAUACUUGAAAAGCAAACACAAAAUAAUACGAAAAUAAAUAUCAAAUGAAACAAACUCGAUCUUCUGCCUGAAUUGCCCUAGAGGCAAUAUUGCAGUUUACUUUGUGCAAAACAACAUGGUUUAACAUAUUUUUAAGACCUGCUUUUUCUUUCUCAAUGUAAGGGUCCCUUAAGUCAUCUUUUUUGUUUUUUAGGUAGACAUUUCAUGUUGGUAAGACUGGCCUAGUUUUGUGGGUAUGUCUUUAGGGUAAGAGUCUAAUUAGAAUCGAUCUCCUAAGUGUGUUUCUUUUUCAUCUCCAUAAUGGCAAUUUUAAAGUUUAAAUGUAUUAAUUGUUGGUAUUUACUGUGCAGCCCAAUGGUGCAUGCCAAGCCCAAAAUGUAUUUAGACUAAAAACGAGGUAACAAACCAUGCUUUUAUUUUAAAAUCUUCAGAGCUCUUGAGUGUGCUGUUCCUCACUCUGGCUCUGAUACAUAUGAGCUGAGAACUUGGCAGACCUCUCAUUUGUUAUCUCUGCUAUUCAUUAGGACCCUGGUGUUUAUUUUAUUUUAUUACAUUUCAGACAGUUUUGUUAUUGUGCAAGGCUGAGGGACUAAUCUCAUGUGGCGUGGGUUUUGCUCACAUCAGAAUUAUAUAUGAAAGCGAAUUGUAGCAUCUUCAAACUGGCAGCUGUGAUAUUUUCUUUGUCCCGCAAAAAUGUUCGAUGCGGAUAAAAGCAGAUGCAUUAUUUUUUUGCUUUAAAAUUAUUUUUGGAAAUGUUUUCUGAGUAGGGAGGGGGCAGUGCUUUGGGGCACUAGGUUUGUGUGGGUUUUCGAGCCACAUUGUCUUCAAUAUGAGGCGCUGAGGCAUCUUGAAUAUUUUCUUUACUCUGGUACUUAAAGUGGAACUGAGAUUUUCAGCAACAUGAAACCUUAUUAAUCUGUUCAUAUACACCCCCAGGAAGAAUAUUUAAUAUUUUCUGACGAUCGAGCACUUAGAUAUGGACAUUUUCAUAAAUUCAUAGAAUGUUUGGGAAUGACGUAUAGUAAGGCAUUUGUCAAAAUUCUAUAGCAGUUUAGAGUGGGAAAGCGGCCAAGCGUUGGCUAGCCGUUCAGUGAAAAAGAAAUACCUGCCUGUCAACUUUUCAUUGCGUACUGCCAGUAGACUUAAAUGGUUCUUCACCAACAUCUUCAGUGUUUUAACCAAAUCAUGUCUCAUUUGCUUUACAGACAAAUCUUAUGUUUUUGAGAAAGUAAAUAAGUUUAAUACUAACAUAUGAAUAAUUUAGGUAAAAAGUUGGAUAUUAAAUGUGUGGUGUCGUACAGUCUAAUUUUAGAAUAUACAGUGUGUCCCAAAAUUUAAAAAAAAAAAUAUAUAGAAAUACACAAUCGUGGACAAAAGUUGAAUGACACAAAUAUAAAUUUUCGCAAAGUCUGCUGCCUCAGUUUCUAUGAUGGCAAUUUGCAUAUACUCCAGAAUGUUAUGAAGAGUGAUCAGAUGAAUUGCAAUUAAUUGCUAAGUCCCUGUUUGCCAUGCAAAUGAACUGAAUCCCCAAAACAUUUCCGCUGUAUUUCAGCCUGCCACAAAAGGACCAGCUGACAUGUCAAAAAACCAACAACUGAAAGCAAAAUGUAUAGAAUUGUAAACAAAAAUAAGACAUCAAAAGCAAAACCCAUACACUUGUAAGCAAAUAAUUUUAAAGCGCAAGCAAAACUCUGACAAAAUAUUUGAAUUCCCUGUCGAACAACAUUCGGCGCGGGUGUUGGUAACUGGUUCGCCAUACACCUGCGCCGAACGUUGUGCAACAGGUAAUUCAUAUGUUUACUUAAGUAGUUAGUUUGUCAUUAAAUGUAUUAGAUAUACAUGCUUCUAAUAGCCGUACGUUAUUGACCCCUGACUGACAAUUUUGAAGUAUGUUAGCUAAAACCCUAAAACGAGGUGACGUCAGACUUAAGUAUGCAAUAGAAAAAAAACCUGUAUCACGUUCAUUGAUUGGGUUAAGACGAACCGUCAUUCCAAAACUAGCGGACCAAUUGAGACUCAUUGUCUACGCCUCCCUCUAAACCCCUUCCUUCACGGAAAAAUAAUGCCAAAACUCGCAAUCGAAAAGACUGGCCGUGAAAGCAAAGAUACAAGUAGCGUAACCAAAAGGUAGUACAUGCAGGCAAGAGCGUAGGCAAAAUAUAUUCAGUGGCUUAGAAAGUUUUUAACCAAAAGCGAUUUUUGCAUUCGUUUUCAAAUUUUUUAAAAUAAUUUGUUAGUUUUGUUCUCGCUUUAAAAUUAUUUUGGUUUUUGCUUUUGAUGUCAUUUUGUUUACAAUUCUAUACAUUUUGCUUUCAAUUGUUGGGUUUUUGAUUUCAACAUCCAUUAUUUCACCCCGUCCUCGAAUAUAUAACGUUUACGUUCUCAACUUUAUUUUACAUGUUCACAAUUGGUUUUAUUUUGAAUUCAAUACAUAUGGUGUGACAUUGUCCCCAUAGUGGAUUGUCUGUACACCUUCCCUCCACUGUGAACUGUAAACGGGACAAACGAAAGCAGCGAAAUGUAAGUUGAAUUGACCGACGUGAGCCCACGAGGCUGUAAUUUCAUAAAGUAGACUCAACUGUUGACUGAUUUUAUACUCUUGUGUGUCCUAUUCGGCUGGCGGGCCUUGUGUUUGGAACGUGCGCUAGCCAACAUUUUUACUGGUGCAGCAGGGUAGCCUAGUGGUUAGAGCGUUGGACUAGUAACCGGAAGCUUGCAAGUUCAAAUCCCCGAGCUGACAAGGUACAAAUCUGUCGUUCUGCCCCUGAACCCACUGUUCCUAGGCUGUCAUUGAAAAUAAGAAUUUGUUCUUAACUGACUUGCCUAGUUAAAUAAAGGUAAAUUACUGACUUGUGAUCAUUGCCCCUGCAAGUUUUAUUGUAUUCUCAUUCUUAGUUACAGUCGUCCGUUUUUGUUCAAAAUAUUGAGUCAUUGAAACUGAAACGGUGCAUCCUGAGUGGGUUGUGGCAGCCAGCAAUGUACCAGGCCAGCUGUGAUAGACAACCUAAUAGGAAUCUUUUUUUUUAUUGGGGAAUUAUAUUAAUCAUGCAUGGAACUGCAUUCAUCUAUUCUUUCAACAACCAAUAAUGCCUUAUUGUAAGUCAUGGAAUUAAGUCAAAGAGUACCUCUUAUAAAGUUGGUUUUGAAGCAUAAACAGGGAUUUUGUUUUAUUUUGACUGAUUUAUAUGAAUGUUUGUUUCAUGUCUGCAAAGUAGUUAAAACGCUGUCAGUUCCACUUUAAGAACUCCAGCACGACAGUGGACCAACCAAUAGGGUUUGCAACAGAUCUGAAACUCAACACAUUUGUAAUUUCUUCCAAAUUACAAAGAAAGUAUAAUAUUUCGAUCAUGUUUUUUUUUACUGGAGAGUGCUACCCCAGCUCAGUCAUACUGGUUAGCUAGGUCAAUCUUUUUACGAGGUGGUUGGUAUCAUUUUGAGGAAAUUGGUUUGUAAAUUAUUCAUAGUUCACACAAGUCGUUUACAAAAACAGUAUGAAUUUGCUUCAUUGGUAGAGUUUAAAUAUAUCCUUUUUUUUAUGCUGACUUACAGGAUUUAUAUUGAACCUAAACCAAAAAAAUAAUAAUUUAAUGUUUUUGUGUGCUUUGCGUGAGUGACUGUCAGUAAGGGUUUUAUAUGUGCGUGUGUGUUGUAGAGAGAAGGGUGGUGUGUGAGAGACGAGGUUGGUUGGUGUGUUUGAGAAUAAGUUAGUGUCCCGUCACGUUUGUUUGUUGGUGUGGAUGUGAUUGAUUGCCUGUGUGUCUGAAUAUGAAUGACUGUGCUGUAAGAUUGUUUGGGUGGGUGUACAAUUGGCUGAAUGUGAAUGUCUGUAUGCAACUGUGUUUCUGUCUGCUUGUUUAUCAGUGAUUGUGAGAGUGACAUACGAGGUCUUAAUACCCUUAUUUCUGUUUUCUUGGCCUGUUUUCUGACAGAGUAGGUCAACACUCGCCUAUAUAGUGUAAACCCCAAACUUGCCCAAGGCAGAGUUUGCUUCAGAUUCCCCUAACCUAAUGUUCUUUCCAAUCAAUUGGCACAAAGGGGGCUAGAAAAUGGGCAAUGUUAGUUGUUGAGACCGAGUAUUUGGUCAGUCAGUGGGUAAAUGUCUUUGUAUGUCACUGUCUAGUCCUGUGUAUGCUCUUGACCAUUGAGUCAAGUUGUGACCGUGUGAAUGAGUACAAAUGGGGGAGGGAGGGAGGGAGGGUUCAAUUGUUUAAAUUCAAGAUGUUUGGAAAGGGUAAUCAUGUUCAUACUCUUUAAGAACACGAGUAAGAACUAGCCAAUAAGGCCUAUGGCGGGGAAUGGUAGAAGGGGUUUUGGGUACAAUGCAAUUAAGGCAACAAAUGAUGGUAUUGCAGCAUUGGUUUUGGAGAAAAUAAACAAACUAGUAGAGAAUUCUGAAACCACAAUAUCCCUGAUCCCCAAAUUGCAAUACAGCUAAUUGACAGUGACGCCUCAAAUGUAUCUCCAGUUGCACCAAUUCUGAAUUGGAUGUAUAGCUGUGUUGUGCUUUUCUAAUGCAGAGUCAUGUUACAUGCCGAGACUGCAUUCAAUAAACUGUGAGACUUGAUUUGUAUUCUCUUCCUGGAACCUGGAUAGGAACGACUGGUCCUGAAAUUCUAAUUUGCUUGCUAAAAUUCACACCCUUAAAUGACCCAUUUUUAACUGCAAAAUUACUUGUUUGGUAAAAAUGUUCACAACACCUUGAAUGACGAGUAAAACAUUUUCUGUAGACAUUUUCAGGGGGAGAAGCCAUUUUGGAAUUCAGUUGUCCUGUUUUUUUUUCUGUAGUUCUUGUAUGUGGGAAUGUACACCUUGGUGGCUAUAACUUUUUCUUUCUCAUUUGUUCUUUUCAAACCUGUUCAGCCCCAGGAGUGAGAAUUGCAGAAUCAGUUUUAACACUGACACUUUGACCAGGUAGUUUUCUGAUGUCUUACAAAUCAGACGAGUAGUCAGCCACGAUAUUGGAACAUGUACGGUUGACCUCCUGAUGAUAAAGUCGAUGGGUAAAGUGGCAUCAUUGAUUCACUUACAAUACCCCUCCCCUCCCAGUCUCCCUAGAAUCAUAAGCAAUACAAGAAGUGUAUUUUAAAUGUUUAUACUUCUAUCACUCUGUCCUAAACUGUAGUUUAAUGACAUUCGAAUUAAUGCAGGGGGUUAUAAAACAUAAUAAAAAUGAAUUUGAAUUCAAA